GGAAAUGGAAAGUAUGCAUAUCUUGAAGCAUCUUUUCCGCGGCAACAUGGUGACAACGUUAGGCUUUUAAGUCCUAUAAUGCAAGGUGCAAAGUGCAUGUCAUUCAUGUAUCAUAUGUAUGGAAGGUUCAUGGGAAGCUUGGUAAUCUACAUGAAAACAAACAGCAAUGAAACAGUGGAAUGGAUUAAAACAGGCAGUCACCCCAAUCAAUGGCUCGAAGCUGUUAUGUUCCUCAAUUCUUCAACUCACUACCAGGUAAUCCAUCUGAUUGAUGAAUUAAUAAAGUGGGCUAUAACCUAAUCUAAUUUUUUUCCUUGCCUGAACCAUCUUGAGGCAGAAUACCUUAACAAAGUAAAGUGAAAUAAAAGAAUAGAUUGACAAUCAAACUACUACCUUUUCUAGCUUUUAGAUAAAAAGGUGUUGAUCCUAUCGAUCAUACUUGCACAGGCUGAAGUACAUGAGAGGAUAUACGAAACUAGGAGGACAGUGUGAAUUAACUUUCUAUUAUUUAUACAUCGGGCACCUUAACACCUUGCAACACAACCGCUAGAAAACCGAUUGAAAAUUUAUCAAGAUUAUCCAGUCUUCGUUCAUUAAGGGCACGAUGUUUUUUGAUUUUAUAGUUGUUCCUCAGUUAUAAACAUAGUUAUUACAAUAACUGCUAGAAUAAAUUUGAAUGACAGUAAAGUGCAACGCUUGACAUCACUAAUCGAGGUUUUUGUUAAAGGAUUCUGAUAACCAGGAUAUCACUGCCGAUUUGGCAAUAAAAGUUUAUUAACGCAAUCAGAAAUAAGUAUGGUUUGGCAGUUACUCCCACAAUGGGGUGCUUGGGUCAGUAUACUACUGCAUUGUUUUUCCGUCAGCUUUUUUGUAGCCUAAUUUAUAUAAGUUAGCGACAAUCGUAUUAGAAUAUUUCUUGUAACUAAUUUUAACGGUUUAAUGUCUAUAGAUUAUAAUGGAGGGAGUAAGGGGCGUUUACUUUACAAGUGAUGUAGCCAUAGAUAACAUCGUAUUCAGAAAUGGAUCCUGUGAACGACUUGGUAUGUACACGAGUAUUUUUCACUGCAUUUUUGAAAUAUCACAACAAUUGACACUCAAAGGUGGAUCAACCUCGUAAAACUUUAAAACGUCAUUUCUAACAUGUUUUCCUUUUUUCCAGUUACCCAGUCGUUAUACGCCUUCAUAAAGGAAGAUGCUACAGACUUCAAAUUGGACAGAAUUCCAGCUCACAUUGGAUGGGUCUAUCAGUUUACCGUUCAUGCUCUUCAAACAAAAAACAGUUCCACCGAUGUGAUGUACUUUGUGUACCCAGCAAACACUGUCCAUUGUGCAAAAAGCGUCACCCAAGAGCUUUCAUUAGACGACCUCAGUUGCUUCCCUCAAGACUUCUUCUUUUCCUCAAGGACAUAUCAGCCACAUUACAAAAAAAUAUUGCUUCUGAACCGUGGAAAGGAAUUACCUUACGGGAUUGCUUUGAUGGAUUACCAUACCUGCUGCCGUGAAACAGUUACAGAUUACUUCUUUGCAAAUGUGUCUUUAGACCGUAAGUUAAUAAGUGAACUUAUACUAAGUUGUCUGUAUACUUAGGCAUAAAACCCAUCUUUUCCAAAUAUUAUUAGACGGUUAGUUUUUCUUUUAACUGUAAGCUUAAUACCACCGCCGGCUGGUAACGAGAUAUCCAGUUAUGCGGCUUACGAAAAAAGAAACAUACGAAUCAUUAUUCAAGUAAAACCUGAAGCUUUGAUCAGUUGUUCAGAAACUGGUGUGACGAUAUUAUUGUUGUUGUUGUUGUUGAUUUUUUUUUUCACCGACAGAACAAAAUGCAUGCCCACCUGGCUGGCUUAAUUGGGGCGAGUCAUGUUUUAGAAUAAUUAUAAAAUCUUACCAUUCCUGGGAAGACGCCAUGUUCGAGUGCCAAAACCAUGGAGGAAGACUCCCUGUUCUUGGAAAUACCACCAAACUGCACGCAUUUUCAAGGUCCAUCGAUGACUAUGUGGAGGACCUAGGAUACUUUAGUUUCUUUUUCGUUGGCGCUUAUGCUAUCAGUGACGGGCGCUGGAUUACUGUCCGAAAACAACCGUUUCCAGCUCAGUCGUUACUAUGGGGAAACUCACAACCUUCAGGUGAUGGUUGGUGUACGGACCUGAUUUUCGAAGAGAAGUGGAAUUCUAAGGGCUGGAGAAUCAACGACCAAAACUGCUUAUCAAAAGAAGGAUUUGUCUGCCAGAAGCCAAAGAACAUCUCAGGUAAUAACAAUAACAUUUAAAUUUAGUGUACAUGCGCCUGAUUUAAACGGAGUUUUUAAGUGACAUUAAAUCAGGAGAGGACGGAUUUUAGAAAGGUUGGAUAAUAAAUUUUAGUUGUCACUUAUAAUUAAUCCUCAUAGAUACUAUAAAUACAGAUUUUUUUUAAAAGGGACCUAGCCAAAUAUGCAGCUUUUUGAAUGGAAAAGGGCCAAAAUACAGGGGUUUUUGCGUUCGAUAAGCCCGGAAAUCACACUAGCGGAGGAAAAGGAAAGGAAAAUAGGGAGGAGCAAAAAGGAAGAAGAAUAGAAAAAAAAUGCAAUGAUUGCACUCUUAGGUUUUAUUUUGGAGACGUUUUGAACGAAGAAAAAAAAAAUGCCACACGGAAAGGGUCUUUUUGGCGGUAAAGUUUUCCAAAAUUCAUCUAGAUAUAUAGUCUGUAAAAAUACCUUUUCCUGACCGCAAGUAUCAUUGAAUCAGGUUGACUUAAUCUUUUGACAAAAUACUCACUCCUACAAAACGUUACAUUCGUGAUUGGUUUCACAGGAUCAUCAUGUGAUUCCGGUUGGUUCGAGGUGAAUGAAUCAUGUUUUCGAGUGUUUGCGGGGACGUUCUUUACCAGAGAAUGGGACUGGGCUCGUUGGUCGUGCAAACAACUAGAAAGUGACCUUGCCGUCGUUGAAUCUGAAAUUCAAAGAAAAAUUAUCGCAAACCAUCUCACUAACAUAUCCAAAAAGUACCCAGAUGAAAACAUCAAAGCAUUUCUUGGUAUUCGUAAGUUUGGCACGUGGCAUUGGUUAGAUGGCAGCAAUAUUUCAACUAGCAUUUGGUAUUCUGGGUAUCCCGAUAUUUUGUGGAGUGGAGAGUGUGGCUUGCUAGUGAAAUGGUUUUCACUUGAAUGGAAGCUCAUCUCGGUGUCUUGUUCUCGUCGGUAUUACGUUGGAUUUACGAUCUGUGAAACAGAUAAACGUAAGUCCUUCAUUAUGAUAAUUUGAUAUCCAGUUUUUUGGGGGAAUAAGGUUUGUCUUAAAUCCAUAGAAGAUCACUAGACAAAUUUUAGAAACCUUCCUUGAAGAUGAUUCUUUAAUUUUGUUCUUACUAUUGUUAAAUAAUGCUUAGGAAGAUUUUUGGUCGGUUGGCAAUCCGUCCGUUCAUCCCAGGCCAACAGCAGCGGUGAGCCCUUCCAUGCCGUCGACGGUAACAUUUUGUCUUGUUUCACAGUUAAAGGGCAAAGGGUAAGUACUUUUGCGAUAAUAAUCCAUUCCAGUUGUACCCCGCUUAUCAGAUGGAUCAUAAAAUAGCUCUGCUCGCAGUUAAAUCGUCUAUAUUUGUAAUUGAGUUGCUACUUGUCAAGAUAAUUUAUGCUCACUCAUUCCAGAAACGUCCCACCCUUUUACUAAAUAAAUACUUUGGUUAAGUUUACAUUUAAUUUAAAUUUAAUUUCCCUUCGUUUAUGGAUAUGGUAAUAUAUGGUAUCCAGUUUGAAACCAAACAUCGGGAGAAACGGUCGGACAUUUACGCAUAUCAAUGAGCCAUUGAGGCGGACUAAUCAGGCAUGAAUGCGCCAAGAAAAAGCGGCAUAAUAAUAGAGAAAACGGGCGAUUUUGGCGCAGCAGAGUGACUAAAAUCGUCAUUUCAGUUGUCAAAAAGAUGACUUCUUUUACAUUAUAGAGCGGAUUCUUUAGGUUUAAGGAUUAAUCUAUCAUCAAAGAGGUUCAACUUAAAAUGAAUUGAGCCACAACAAAUACUGAGUGUACGAUCUUGUUGUAACUUUCUUUACCACAGGGUCAGCCAGUCUGGUGGAGUGUAACUUUGAAAAGACCAGCAUUUAUCAGCAAAAUCUGGAUCAUUAAUAGGCCAGGGUGCUGCCUUGCAGAAAUGACCAAACAUAAUCUCAUUUUAAGCAACAAUUCAGAAACCGUAAAAGCAAACUGUAAAGUUUACUCCUGGAAGGACAGACAAAAAACACUGAUGAUCUGUGAACCGUCGAUUUCUGCUUCAAAUGUAACUAUUUAUGAAGACGGUGUGGGCGAACUAAGCCUGUGUGAGGUGAUGGUAACGGCAAUAGGUAAGAAAUGUAAACGUUUUUUGCUUCAUUCGCAUUGAUAAUUAAGAUUAUAUUAUGGUCUUAAUUCCUCAAUAAAGAUACUUGUUUUUCAUUCAUCAUAUUGAAAACCAAAUCCAAAGGAACAUUUGUUUAAAAAGACCUCCACGUUGCAAAUUUGACACACUCUCAUUGUUUGGACACGCUGGCACUCAUGUUAUGCAAAAAAAGGUAAAGCAACCAUAUUUUACGUCGAUAACUGGUGAAAGUAAUAACUGAUAAAUUUGAGCUCGAUGGUGCGCUCAUUUUCAGCCCCCCUCUCUCCAUCAAUGCUCCGUUUUAAGGGUAUUUAAAGCUAGUCAAAGCUACACAGAAAGGGGAGAAGUUGAACUCAAAACAAGGAUGUGAUGUCACCAGGGAUCCAACUCGGGACCUCGCGCACUGAAGGCCGCGCACUAGCCAACUAUACCAUCCUUGCUCCUUGAGAUUUUGAUGUUGACUUUGGAGCGCGCAAGAGAGAGUGUUCAACACUGAUGUGAACAGAAGAAAUGAUGCGCACAGGAAAAAUUGCGACUUUUUUUUAUGAGCAUUGCUUCUGAAAAGCACGUUUUUUAUUCUCUUGGUAUUUACAAGAUAUUCGACCAUUAUUAAUACACAGAAAGCGAAAAGAGUCUUCAUGGCGUUCUUCAAGAACUUUGGUACAAUAUUCCUUCUAGUACAAUAACGAGUUUGCGGGCACACAACAGGCUUCCUAGCACUGAUCCAGAUGUUGUGAACAUUCUCCGACAGUUUGACUCUCCCUUCAAUUUCCAUACAAAUUACGGACAACGUCUAACAGGGUAUUUGCAGGUACAUAGUUCUAAUAUAAUUUUUUUCUAUAAAAUCUGGUCACAUAUUAUGCUCAAAAAUAAGAACCUAGAUGUUGUACAAAAAGAGGUGCUGACUUUCGACCUUGAAUCCUCCUUAACCCUCGGACGUACCCGGAGUUUUUGAUAUAUUGCAGUAUUUCGAAACGAUUUUACCUUUAGUGGAAAGCCUUUGAUAUUUUUAACAAGAUGAGGUAUAUUUUAUGGGUGAAGGAGCCGCUGGAAGCCUGUGACGUCACCAACAGUGGUCGCCAUCUUGGAUUUAACCAAGAAUUAGAAAUCAGUUUAAAAAGGAGGAAUGGUAAUUUCUUUAGUUUUACAUGAAAAAUAACACAUAAAUAAGCAUUUUGCAUGAUUUUAGCCAAAAGAUUUACUUUUCUUGUUGAAAGAAGUUGAAAAAACAUGUAUUUUCACCCAAAAAUGGCUUAAGCACCUUUAUUUAUGACGUCAUAUCUCGUAACCAUAGCAACUGACCAUCACUAAACCUGUCUCAAAAUGUGCGCGAGGGAUGAACAAACAACUACUGGAAACAUCAGGUACUGAUGUUUUAUCCUCUAGGAAAAAACUCAGAAAAACCUUACCCCUUGUACGUCCGAGGGUUAAAGGAUUGCACGCAUCUUUUUCAAUUUCUGAUUCGAUCUUUUUUUCGUCGACCCAAAUAUCUCUUUCCUUUUAAUAUUUCCUUUUCAAUGUAAAAUAUUCCCGUUUCUGACAUCCCUUGAGCAUUCGGUGACAGGUAGUAACGCAUACCACUCAUGUCACUUAUUUUAUUUUUCUUUUUGCCUCGCGUAAGGUACCUGAAAGCGGUAACUACACCUUCUUCGUCGCACGCGAUGACAAUUGCGAGCUUUGGCUACAACCAGAGAGGGUAGAGCUCGUAGAAAAAAUAAAGGACGACAAAGCAUCCGACAAACUACUCCUGAUAAAACUGGACUUUCGGACGGACCACAAUCAAAGGGACAAGUAAGAAUACAUUGUCAUUUGAUAAAAAGGUUAAUAUGUUCCCCCUGAAAACUAAACGGCUCUUCGUCGUAAAGCCCUUUAUCCCCUUUAUACUGCGAUCCGUGUAACGGUGUUUAUCUAUUGAGCAUAAAAAAAAAAUCCGUCUUUGGCUGAAUUAAAACGAAUCAAAUUUUGGUUUUACUUUUUGAAAAUUAGCGAUAAUACAGCUUAUAAAUCACUAACCGCGGGAAAGACCAGACUAAACAUUUUAUUUGCUUUGCCUUAACAAAACACACUAAUUAACGUUUGAACUUAGUUCCUUAGGACAAAUGGUUUUUCCUAGAUAUCCUAAAACCAUCAUUCUUAUGAGAAUGAACUUUCGCUAUGAAAAGUCAAACAGUGUGUCGUUCUAUGUGUGUAUGCAUGCAUGUUUUUAUUAAUUUUUCUAUUAGUAAAAUUAUCAUCCGUACCCUUUUUUGUGUACGUUUCUUUAGAUUUCCCUCUCUUCAGGCAUCCAAAGAAAUCUGGUUAAAGAAAUGCCAGUUGUACUCUGUGGAGCUUCUAAUGAAACAAUCUGGAGGAAGUGAUUGUGCCUCCUUAGGAAUGAAGCUACCAAAUGGGGCAUACGAAGGCCCAAUAACUGCGGCUCACUUAUUUUGGGUGAAGCCAGGUAAAUAA